CGGCACAGCUGCCCUUGCUCAUACACCAUGGCACCGGCCAGCAUGCGCGCUAUGCGGUACCACGGCAAGCCCGAGCUCGUCCUCGACGACGUCUCGCUCCCCCAGCUCAAGCCGGGCGAGGUGCGGGUCAAGGUCGCCUUCUGCGGCAUCUGCGGCUCUGACCUCCACGAGGUCUUCGAAGGGCCGUUGACCUGCUGUCCUGUCGGCCAGCCGCACCCGCUCACGGGCGGCACCUUGCCCGAAACUUUGGGCCACGAGUUCUCGGGCGUGGUUGAGGAGCUUGGAGAGGGCGUUGAGGAGGAUGGAGAGGGAACCGAGGGGCGGAGGACUCUCAGAGUCGGUUCACGCGUCUGCAUCGAGCCCGUCAUCUCUUGUCGACAGUGCGACGCCUGUAAAGCGGGCGACACCCCGCUGUGCGACCUCGCCAUCGGCUUGUACGGCUACGCGCGACCAGGAGGGCUCGCGCCGUUCGUCAACGUCGCCAGCAGCAACGUGCACGUCGUGCCAGAUAAUGUUCCUCUCGACAUCGCCGCACUCGCCGAGCCGCUCUCGGUCGCGUGGCACGCCGUCGCCGUCUCGGGCUUCAAGAUGGGCGAGUCGGCCUUCGUCAUCGGCUGCGGCCCCAUCGGUGCCCUCGUCACGCGGGUCCUCUUUGCGCAAGGUGCAUCGGCCGUCUACGUGUCCGAGCCGUCCGCCAGCCGGCGGGCCAUCGCCUCGCAAUGCGGCGCGACCGCCGUGUUCGACCCGACGACCGACGACGCCCUCGCACGGGUUCGCGAGGCGACAGGAGGGCAAGGUGUCGACGUCGCCAUCGACUGCGCUGGGACGCAGCGCACGGUCGACGCGGCGAUUGAGUCGACGAGGAGGAAGGGGAGGAUCGUCAUGGUCGCCCUGUUCGACAAGGCCAAGCGGCCGACGGUCGACAUGUGGGCCCUCAUGACCAAGGAGCGCACCCUGACGUCGUCGUGCUGCUUCAACGCCGAGGACAUGCGCCAAGUGCUCGCGGCGCUGUCGAGCGGGCGCAUCAAGGUCGACGACCUCAUCACGUGCCGGAUCGCCCUGAGCGAGGUGUUUGACAAGGGCCUCGAGGUGCUGCGGCAGGACCCGACCCAGGUCAAGAUCCUCGUCGACCUCGAGAGGGAGGCGGUUCAGCCGGCGUCGCUGUAGCAGACUGAGCGGCAACGCGAGUUUGAGAAGGUC